CUAAACAGCAAAACAAUGUUACUAAGAAGCUCCUCGACACCAAUACCAACCUCGUUCAUACCCCAUUCUAGGGAACCAUCCUCCCCUGAAGCAGAAAGGGUUCUUCAAUUUUCUAGAACAAGAUCGUUUGCCAGUCCAAGACAAAACUUGCCUGACUCAUCAGAUCAUCGAAGCCCAACAAAGCACGACAACAAGAGUCGCAUACCACGUAGUAACGUGCUCAAGAGUCAGCAUGGUACCAAGAUCAAAGAAAGUGACCAAGUGAUUCACACAACAAAAGGGAAACCUUCAAUCAGAGGGAGUGAUGGUGGCAAGAUAUGUGGUGGCAGUGGAAGAGUCCCAGAUGGAGGUGGCUGGGAAUCAGAUAAGACUCAUGCUUAUUACCAAACCAUGAUUCAAGCUAACCCCAACAAUGCGCUUCUGCUUGGAAAUUAUGCUAAGUUCUUAAAAGAGGUUCGUAGAGAUUAUCCUAAAGCCGAGGAGUAUCUUGAAAGAGCCAUUUUGGCUAAUCCUGGUGAUGCAACUGUUUUGUGACUUGCGGAUUUAAUUUGGCAAAUGGAGAAGGAGGCUGAUAGUGCUGGGGGCUAUUUUGAUCAAGCUGUUAAAAGCGCCCCUGAUGAUUGGUAA